CAUAUGGAAAAUCCCUUUGGGUUCAUGGAUACUAAUGCUGUACCUUGUGCAUCUUUCUCCUCUGGAGAGGCACAUAUGACAGAAGGGCCUGGUAUGUCCUGCAGUAGAGAGGCAGAUAGCCUUGAAAACACCAAAUUAACUGGUGACCUUUCUGGAGCCAGUGCUGAAAUUAAGCCGAAAUCCAUACGUCGUGCCAAAACGUGGUCAGGUGAAGUGGAGAAUCUGUACAGAUUUCAGCAAGCUGGAUAUAGGGAUGAAACUGAGUAUAAACAAGUGAAGCAUGUUAGUGUGGUGGAAAGGUGGCCAGAAACAGGAUUUGUGAAGAAACUGCAGAGAAGGGACAAUACUUUCUAUUAUUAUGACAAGGAAAGAGAAUGUGAAGACAAAGAAGUCCAUAAAGUUAAAGUUUAUGCUUACUGAUUUUUAUUUCAGCC